UAUACUAAAAUAAUACAAUUAUGUUCAAAGAGUUAUCGCUGACUAACUUCUGUCUUCUGAGUAGUCACAGAUCUGUCACUGAGGUCUAUACUUUUAUUUGAGACUAGCCAAAGUUUAACUUUUCCUGAGCAUUUGUUCUUGGGGAAGGGUGGAAUUAGGCAUUCCAAGUGCCAUAUGCAGAAUUUACAAUGGGCAGAUUAGAGAUGGAUAUUCACUUCGAAGCUGGUAUUCCAAUUAUUUCUACUUUGGUGAUUGCAGUAGAGAAGAACGUCCUGAGACAUCUCAGAGCAUCAUUUUAAGAACACACCAGGAAGAAAGAUGGCCAAAUCUUUCCCAGUGCUCUGCUCAUUAUUGUUCUUCAUGCUGAUCCAUCGGGUGGUACCAUCUGAGGUGAGCUACCUGUCUCUGAGUGUGAUUCUAAUUGUAUCAUUCUUCUCAAUUCAAUUGCAGGUGAAAUGUCCAUAUAAGAAAGUAGACUUGAGCUGGUUCAAAGGGACAUUGAAGCCCUGCCGUGGUAUAUAUCAUCCGGUCUGUGGCACCAACUUGGUAACCUAUGAAAACCCCUGCAUCUUGUGUGUUGAGAGCUUGUGAGUACUGUUUGGGGGAAGGUGGGAGAACAAUGAAAAAGCUUAGCCCACAGCAAUUACUAGCUACCUCUUCUACCAAGUACCAUCAGCCUGGAUGCCAGGAAUUUGCUCCAGUUUGCACAGAUAAUGAUCAGUCCCCACUGAGAAGAGCUUGUGGCCAUAUAAAGUUCACUGGAGUACAAAGCAGGCUCAUU